UAGUGCAAUAAAACUCCCAAAACGGCUUGUGUUUCUUAUCACAAUUUGUAAAUUAAAAAAUUUCCUUGUUUUCAAGCAAUGUCGUUGCCGGCUGAAGAGGAGGAAUCAACGGAAGGUUCCGCGGAUCAUGAUUUUAUCGAGCUGAAGAGCAUGGAGGAUGUGCAGGCCUGCGAGCAGCAACAAUUGCUGCAGUACGUCGAAAAGCUGCACGGAAUUAUUCGGAAAUACGACACCAAACUAGCGGCCUAUAAGCAAAAACUGCUGCACUUUCUAAACCAAGAAAAGACUUCCUGCGACAAAGCCGUCCAAGCCACCGAAUCGGAGUUGCAGGAACGCCAGGAUUCCCCAAACAAUGAUGAAGACACCGACAAAAAAGACAAACCCAGCGAUUUAUCGGCGACGGAUGCAUUCAGCUUUGUGGACGAGAUGCGGCAGGCGGCCAAGCACGCCGAAAACCUAAACAACUUCGUCUACGAGCCGACCUCGGGCAUGUACUACGAUCCCAAGACGGGCUACUACUAUAACGCGGAGUACGGGUUGUAUUACGAUGGGAACACAGGCUGCUACUACAGCUAUGACCACGGCAAAGACUCUUACGAGUUCCACUCGCAGGCGCAGGUGCAGGCGAACGAGGCGGCGGCGGCCAAGCCGGAAUCGGCGGACGAGGACGAGCAGCAGGUCGAGUUCGAUGAGCUGGGCGGCGUCAUUACGGAUCCAGAAACGCUGAAAAGGAUCAAGGCCGAGAAGCAGAGGGUUAAGGAGCGAGCCGAGAAGUCCAAGCGCAAGGCCAAGGCAAAAAAGAAGUCGAAGAAGCACAGCAGGAAGAAGCGCAAGAAGGAGCGUCGCCACAAGUCGAGGAAGCGGCACAGGGACUCCGGGGAUGACCGGGAUGAGGAUGCCGAGGAGGGCGAGCUGUCGCAAAGCAGCGACUCCAGCUCCGACUCCAGCGACAACGAAGCUGAGAGCAGCAGCAGCAACAGCGACACGGAGGACAGCAGUGUUCCGGUCUUCAAGGCUGCCGGUCGCUUUCAAGACAUUGCCAAGAAGUAUCCGCCCUCGCUGCGCAUCAUUGUCCAGGAGACCAAUGUGGACGCUCUAAAGGUGGGAAGUCUGCAUUUGAUCACCUACAAAGGUGGCUCACUGGGUCGCGAGGGUGCCCACGAUGUCAUCAUUCCGGACGUGAACGUGAGCAAGUGCCACUUGAAGUUCAACUACGCGGCCAAGCUGGGAAUCUACAAGUGCCUGGAUCUGGGCUCCCGCAACGGCACCAUUCUCAACGGUUCGCCCAUGGCCAGCGAUGCUAUGGACCUGGUGCACGGCAGUGUCAUCACCUUGGGACAGACUAAACUCCUGUGCCAUGUGCACGAGGGCAACAGCACCUGCGGGCUGUGCGAACCGGGUCUGUUGAUAGAGUCACCUGCGCCGGCUGUGGCCACAGUUGGCGCAUCCACCGCCACUGUAUUAUCCCACAAGGAGCAGCUCAAGAAGCUGCAGCGCAAAUAUGGCCUGGAAAACGAGAAAUUUGUAGAGACCAUUGGCAAUGGUCAAGCCUCCAACUACAAUGAUCGUGCCGCAACUAGACGUGUCAAAGUGGGCAGCAGCACGGAUAAGGAAAAGACCGAGGUGGCUUGUGUGAACACUGAGAUUGGCAGCUCCAACAAGGGCUUUAAAAUGCUGAGCAAACUGGGCUGGCAAAAGGGCGAUACUCUGGGCAAGACCAACGCCAGCACUGGACUUUUGGCGCCUAUCAGUGUGGUGGCCAAUGAGGGCACAAGUGGACUGGGGAACAGUGACCCAGUGAGCUCCCGACCCAUGGACAAACGAAAGUUGGCCAACUUAAAGAUCACCCAGGCGCGGUAUCAACGCGCCAACGACAUAUUCGAUGACAGUGAUUAGAAAAAAGGCAUUUAUGAUUGUUGGAAACACAUUUAAUUAACAAUUACUCAAACAUAUUCAUAAGUAUUGUAUAUAUAUGUAUGCAUAUAUACAUCGGUUCUAUAUAUAUUAUAUGUAUAUAUUAAUUCAAAAAUCUUGCUAUAAGGUUAAGCUAUCAGUCAAUUAAUUAAUUUAGCUUCGCUUAUGAACAAAAAGAAUAGAGGGAAGGUUAUGUUAAAUAAAUAUGACGUUGCGUAUGUGGAUCGGAUCUAAGCUAAAUGCGAGCGAAAUGCGCAUACAAACCAAUCGUUUAAAGUAAUUACGGUGUAGCCUAUGUUAAUGUUAAAUACAAAAGCCUCUUAAGAUAUGUGGUUUCUCUUGCGAUACAUGCUGGAUAAGAAUUGCUGCAAUACGUUAUGUUGUAUGUUGUAUGGUUGAUAAUACUUUGCCCUGUAUGUAUGUAAAAUGUAUCCGAUAAUAUAGUGUAGUGUAAGCUUGGUUGGCAACAGCCUAAGGCUAAGGCCCAUCCACCGAUUACAACACGAAAACGCACAACGAGAAUCUUUGGAUGUUGGAACUACGGAAGAACACGCUACAUAAUGUGGACUAUGUGGGCCGUGGAGAUGCCUCCUCAAUCCUCUAGCAGCUCCCCUGGGACUUGACGCCAAUGAAGUAUCGGGAUUCGCAGGAGUGCUUGUGCAUCUCGCACCACGAGCUGUAUGUAUGGUUGUUGUAGCCGCAUAUUUUGUGUACCUGAUUGAAUCAUUCACUCACUGAUUAAUGGAACAUUUGGGUAGCGGAUGGACGUCUACACUCACCGGUCGCUGCUGCUUCCGCGGACACUUGUAGCGACAGGACACGCACCGCGGCUGGCGCGUCUGCAGAUCCACCAGGCAGCUAUCCUUCGGCCCACACUUGAUGUCCGCACAGCUCACAGCUCGGCCCGCUGCAAUAUAAAGUUUACGAUGCGAGCGCAUUAAUGGCGGCUGCCUGUGGUUAAGUUUCGGCUUUGUUUUAUGACUGGCAGUUUCGGUUUAAUGGCCCCUGCACACUCGACUGCAUGUCCUGCCCUCCACGAGACUUCGGGCAGGUGCUGCCCAGAUUACAGGAGACGAGUCGCACCAGUUUGGGGAAAACUUUCCAAUAUUUUAGGGCCCAAACCAGUCAAUUUCAAUAAAAAAAACUUGCCCUUGGCGAUUCAUUUACUCAUUAAUGUACAAUUUGUAAGGAUAUUUUUAGAACUUAGUCCUUAAUACUUUGUAAUAAACUUUAUAGAAAUUA